AUGAUGAGAUAUACAUUAUUGUUAUCAGCUAUUGUUUAUAUUAUUACUAUUGAUAUUUCAUGGGCACAAUUGACAAUCAAUCUUCCAUCGUUUGGAAGUGUUCAAGGUGAAAUUAAUCCAACGGUAAGUAACGUUCGUCAAUUUAUUGGUAUUCCUUUUGCACAACCACCCAUUGGCCCACUUCGUUUUAAAUCACCAGUUCCUUUGAAUAAUUCAUUAUCUAAUGGUACGAUUUAUAAUGCGACAGCCGCUGCACAUCUCGGUGGAUUUCCUUUAUUUGAUUGCAUGCAGUUUUCAUUCACGAAUCCAGAUUUAAUAUAUGGACAAGAAGAUUGUUUAUAUUUAGAUAUUUAUUUACCAUUCAAUAUUACAAAUGGAUCUCUCUUACCAGUAGUUAUCUAUAUUUAUGGUGGUGGUCUUCAAACAUCAGAUCCACACAGUCCCAGUCAAUUAGUUUCGUUAUAUCAAAACAUAAUUUAUGUGGCUAUUCGUUAUCGGAUUAAUGUAUUUGGAUUUAUGGCAUCGACAGCUUUAUCAGCUAGUCGAUUAGGACCAAUUCAAUCAUCGGGUGUACAAGGUUUUGAAGAUCAACAAAUGGCUAUCAAAUGGGUUUAUGAUAAUAUUCAAUUUUUUGGUGGUAAUUCGAGUUGUAUUACAUUACAAGGACAUUCAGCUGGCGCUGAGUCAGUUUGUCUUCAUUUAGUUGCACCAGCAUCUCAAGGUUUAUUUCAACGUGCUAUUACUGAAAGUGCCGGUUGUGACGUCACAGAACUCUCGCUAGAAGACGCAGAAACGAUGGGUAAUCAGAUAUCAUCUUAUUUUUGUCACUCAUCAUCAAAUGUUAUUUCAUGUUUACAAUCAAUCGAUGCAAUUACUCUCCUUCAGUAUUCUAAAUCUCAAGGUUACGUAAGUUUCUUCGGAAACGGUUUUCAUCCGCCAAUUGAUGGUUUAGUUUUUCCUGAUACAAUAAUAAAUUUAUUGCAACAGAAAAGAUUCCCAGCAAACAUUUCUCUUCUAGCUGGAACAACAAGUGCAGAAAUGGCCUUAUUUAUUUCAGCAGGAUUUGAACCAGGAUGGCAACUGUUCAAUGUAAGUCAAUCUGUUUUAUCUGGAUGGGUCGAAUCACUAUCUAAUGGACAAUCAGCAUAUUUGAAUACAACAUAUAAUCCAUAUGUUAAUCCAUAUGUACCAUCAACAUUGAUUAAUUAUUAUGGUUUAACUGACGCAACAUCAACAGGAGUGAUUCAAUGUGCUGUUCGUCGUACAGCUGCCUAUUUAGAUAAUAAUGGAAAUGGAUCUGUAUAUUUAUAUUCAUUUAAUUAUAUUCCAGUAUCAUCUCCUUUUGCUAGCUUAUCACAGUCUGUUCAUGGUCAAGAACUUCCUUUUGUAUUUAAUAUGGCAAAUUCAUCAGCUUUCACACAAACAAUAUUUCCAGUUAGUUCAUUUAAUCCUGAUGAACAAAUAUUGGCAUCAGCAAUGAGUUUACUUUGGAUACGAUUUGCUAUUAACGGUAAUCCAAAUACACCUAUCUUUAUAGAAGACUGUAAUCCAAUUAUAACUCAAAUGAAGAGAAUUGGAGGUUGGCCAAAUUAUGCAACAAACUCAAUGAGUAAUAGUUCACGCUAUUUAGUUUUCGCAAAUACCGCAUUGGGAAAUAGUAGUGCAACUAUUAUGUUGGCAACAAACGGUUAUCAUUCACCAACAUGUGCUGCUUGGGAUGCAGUUGUAUCAAAUAUAAAUAUUACAAAACGAUGUGCUGCUGGCUAUAGUGGUGUCAAUUGUACAAUAACGAGUGACAGUAGAAUAAAUACUGCUUCAAUUCUGAUUUUCAGUUCAAUUGCAUUAACUAUGUUUUUCUAUAAUGUCUAA